CGGCUCUUGGCGGCAGCGGAACCGGCGGGCCGUAAGGCAGGUGCUUGAACUGGGAUUUGAUUUCUCAUCCUAUGGAUCACUGAAUGAGUAACAGAUGGCCUUGCCUCGUCUGACAGGCGCUUUACGCUCCUUUUCAAAUGUCACUAAACAUGAGGAUUACAGUGAAGAAUUAUCUGACUUAAUGACUAAAAGAUCAAAACUACAUGCCCAGUUGCUGAAGUCCGAUCUUACUUGGAAGAAGAUAAUAAAGUUUGUUGAUGACAAUUUAGACAAAAAAGAAUACCAAACUGUAAAUGGUGAUUUAAAAACUAUCUUACAAGCUGCAAAACAAAUAGUUGGAGCUGAAAAUGGACAAGAGGCGAUUGAAAGUGGAGCUGUUUUUCUUUUUAAGACAUUUCAUGGGAAGGAAUGUGUUGGCCAUGAUGAGACAAAGGUGAUCAAGCAGAUGUUUGGGCCAUUUCCAUCAUCGUCUGCUACUGCAGCCUGUAGUGCCACGUCUCGGAUUGCUUCUCACUUCCCUGAAGAACAGCUCAGAGCCCUCAUACAGUUGGCUGAAGAGCAAAAUGGUGAUAACAGAGUGCUGUUUGGUAAAAAUAUAGUGUUUUCAUUUGACAUGCAUGAUUUGGAUCACUCUGAAGAGCUGCCUGUGAAUGGUGAGACUGAUGUGCAGAAAAAUAUAAGCUUAGACUAUAACAAGUUUUUGAAUAACCAGCUGAAUCACUUACAGAACUAUUGUGAUGAGAAAUCUAAUAUCAAAUCUUUGGAAAAAAUAGAUGAUUCUUUUUUAUGGUGUGAAGUUGGAAAGUACCUGAAGGAGUCUCAAGGAGGCAACCCUGGAGGGCCAACAACAGAAGACCUUUGCUGCACUUUGUAUGAGAUCCUUGCUUCUACCAAAAGUGCCGAUGAACUUCAAAAUGAGUUAUUUGAGCUGCUUGGCCCUGAAGGUUUUGAACUCAUAGAGAAACUUCUACAGAACAGAUCUCUGAUACUGGAAAGAUCUUUGACUUGUCCAAAUGAUAACAGGUUCCAGGCUCUCCAAGAACAGUGCAAGAAGUUUAUAGGAGAAAACGCUAAACCAAAUUAUGGUUGUCAAGUGACAAUUCAGUCUGAACAAGAAAAGUUGUUAAUGAAGCAAUAUCGUCGGGAAGAAAAACGAAAUGCCAGAAAAGAAAAACAAGCUGUGGAAGAUGGAGAAGGUUCUGGAGAAGGACAAAUGUGCUUUGAUCCCAAAGAGCUGCGGAUGCAAAGAGAACUAGCGCUUCUGAAUGCUCGGAGUAUGCCAGUCCUAGGUAGACAGAGAGAGCUGAGCGUCGAAAAAAUUCAUUAUCCACAUGUCUAUGACUCCCGAGCUGAAGCUAUGAAAACAUCAGCGUUCAUUGGGGGUGCAAAGGUGUUCUUACCAGAGUCAGUGCAGCGAGAAAAUAAUAAAAUGUAUGAAGAGGUGAAGAUCCCCCAUAGUGAACCAAUGCCUAUUGGUAUUGAGGAGAAAAUUGUUUAUAUUAAAGACUUAGAUGAGAUUGGACAACUUGCUUUUAAAGGCAUGAAAAGGCUGAACAGAAUCCAGUCAAUAGUUUUUGAGACUGCCUACAACACAAACGAGAACAUGCUGAUCUGUGCCCCCACUGGAGCUGGGAAGACUAACAUUGCCAUGCUGACAAUCCUGCAUGAAAUUCGCCAGCAUGUCCAGCAUGGUGUUAUCAAAAAGGAUGAGUUUAAGAUUGUGUAUGUUGCUCCUAUGAAGGCUUUGGCAGCCGAAAUGACAAAUUACUUCAGCAAGCGUCUGGAGCCACUUGGCAUUACUGUGAAAGAGCUGACUGGUGAUAUGCAGCUGUCAAAAGGCGAAAUUCUGCGAACACAGAUGCUGGUGACUACUCCAGAGAAAUGGGAUGUGGUGACAAGGAAAAGUGUUGGUGAUGUAGCCCUCUCUCAGCUGGUAAAACUCUUGAUUCUUGAUGAAGUUCAUCUACUGCAUGAAGACAGAGGACCAGUACUUGAAAGUAUAGUAGCACGUACUUUACGACAGGUUGAAUCUACACAAAGCAUGAUUAGGAUUUUGGGCCUUUCAGCUACAUUACCCAAUUAUCUUGAUGUUGCUACAUUUCUACAUGUCAAUCCCUACAUUGGAUUAUUCUACUUUGAUGGCCGUUUCCGACCUGUACCUCUGGGACAAACCUUCAUAGGGAUCAAGACAACCAAUAAGGUGCAGCAGCUGAAUCACAUGGAUGAAGUAUGUUAUGAAAGUGUGCUGAAGCAAAUAAUGGCUGGACACCAGGUGAUGGUGUUUGUUCAUGCUAGAAAUGCAACAGUACGAACUGCUAUGGCUCUUCGAGAAAAAGCAAAGAAUAAUGGUCAUAUUUGUCACUUCUUGUCACCCCAAGGGUCAGAAUAUGGGCAAGCUGAAAAACAGGUGCAGAGAUCCAGAAAUAAGCAGCUGCGUGAGCUGUUUCCAGAUGGAUUUAGCAUUCACCACGCGGGAAUGCUGCGGCAGGACAGAAGUUUGGUUGAGAACUUGUUUUCUAAUGGACAUAUCAAAGUCUUGGUUUGUACAGCUACACUUGCUUGGGGUGUCAAUCUGCCUGCUCAUGCUGUUGUUAUUAAGGGAACACAAAUAUAUGCUGCAAAAAGAGGCUCCUUUGUUGACCUUGGAAUUUUAGAUGUCAUGCAGAUAUUUGGUCGAGCUGGACGGCCUCAGUUUGACAAAUUCGGAGAAGGCAUCAUUAUUACAACUCAUGAUAAACUCAGUCAUUACCUGACUCUUCUUACACAGCAGAACCCAAUUGAAAGCCAGUUUCUUGAAAGCCUUGCAGACAACUUAAAUGCAGAGAUUGCUCUUGGCACGGUAACUAAUGUGGAAGAAGCAGUAAAGUGGAUAAGUUACACUUAUCUUUAUGUACGGAUGAGAGCAAAUCCAUUAGUAUAUGGCAUCAGUCACAAAGCUUAUCAGAUGGAUCCAGGUCUAGAAAAGCACAGAGAACAGUUGGUGAUUGAAGUUGGCAGAAAACUGGACAAAGCCCGCAUGAUUCGCUUUGAAGAACGGACUGGCUUUUUUUCUUCAACAGAUUUAGGCAGAACUGCCAGCCACUACUAUAUUAAAUACAAUACUAUAGAGACUUUCAAUGAAUUGUUUGAUGCUCAUAAAACCGAAGGUGAUAUUCUUGCUAUAGUAUCAAAAGCUGAAGAGUUUGAACAGAUAAAGGUAAGAGAAGAAGAAAUAGAAGAGCUAGAUACCUUACUAAAUGAUUUCUGUGAACUCCCUGCUCCAGGAGGUGUGGAAAACAAUUAUGGAAAAAUUAAUAUCCUCCUUCAAACAUACAUUAGCAGAGGGGAGAUGGACAGCUUCUCCCUUAUUUCGGAUUCUGCAUAUGUUGCACAGAAUGCAGCCCGCAUUGUUCGGGCUCUCUUUGAGAUUGCCCUGAGGAAGCGUUGGCCUGCCAUGACUUACCGGCUCCUGAACCUCAGCAAGGUCAUUGACAAGCGGCUCUGGGGCUGGGUGAGCCCUCUGAGGCAGUUCUCAGUGCUACCCCCCUCCGUCCUCUCCAAGCUGGAAGAGAAGAAUCUCACCAUCGACAAGAUGAAGGACAUGAGGAAAGAUGAAAUAGGUCAUAUGCUGCAUCAUGUGAAAAUUGGGUUGAAGGUAAAACAGUGUGUCCAUCAAAUCCCCUCCAUCAUCAUGGAAGCAACGAUCCAGCCAAUCACCCGCACGGUGCUCCGCGUGCGGCUGAGCAUCGCGCCCGACUUCACCUGGAGUGACCAGGUACAUGGCAGUGUUGGAGAGCCCUGGUGGAUUUGGGUAGAAGACCCUACUAAUGAUCACAUUUAUCAUUCAGAGUACUUCAUCAUUCAAAAGAAACAGGUCAUUACUAAAGAGCCUCAGCUGCUGGUGUUCACAAUCCCAAUUUUUGAACCUCUUCCUUCUCAAUAUUACAUUCGAGCUGUGUCUGAUAGAUGGUUAGGAGCAGAGGCAGUAUGUAUCAUAAAUUUUCAACAUUUGAUUCUUCCAGAGAGACAUCCACCCCAUACAGAGCUUCUGGAUCUUCAGCCUCUGCCUAUCACAGCCUUGGGACAUCCUGAAUAUGAAGCCCUGUACAAAUUCACACACUUCAACCCCAUUCAGACACAGAUAUUCCAUACCCUCUAUCACACAGACUGCAAUGUUCUUCUUGGAGCUCCUACAGGUUCUGGAAAAACGGUUGCAGCUGAAUUAGCCAUCUUUAGAGUUUUUAACAAGUAUCCCACAUCAAAGGCAGUGUACAUUGCACCCUUGAAAGCACUCGUCCGUGAGAGGAUUGAGGACUGGAAAGUCAGGAUUGAAGAAAAGCUUGGUAAAAAGGUUGUAGAAUUGACAGGAGAUGUGACUCCUGAUAUGAGAGCUAUUGCCCAAGCUGACCUGAUUGUUACUACCCCAGAGAAAUGGGAUGGUGUCAGCAGAAGCUGGCAGAACAGAAGCUAUGUUCAAAAAGUUGCCAUUCUCAUCAUAGAUGAGAUCCAUCUUCUAGGGGAUGAGAGAGGCCCAGUGUUGGAAGUCAUUGUGUCUCGAACAAACUUUAUCUCAUCUCACACUGAGAAGCCAGUGAGAGUGGUUGGUUUGUCCACUGCUUUAGCAAAUGCCAGAGACCUUGCUGACUGGCUAAACAUUAAUCAGAUGGGUCUGUUCAACUUCCGACCAUCGGUGCGCCCAGUUCCUCUGGAGGUGCACAUCCAGGGCUUCCCUGGCCAGCAUUACUGUCCUCGCAUGGCCAGCAUGAACAAACCUGCUUUUCAGGCAAUUCGGAGUCAUUCUCCAGCCAAGCCUGUUCUUAUUUUUGUGUCAUCCAGACGUCAGACAAGGCUUACUGCCUUAGAUCUCAUAGCUUUCCUGGCCACAGAGGAUGAUCCCAAACAAUGGCUGAAGAUGGAUGAAAGAGAGAUGAAUGACAUUAUAGUCACAGUUAGAGAUUCGAAUCUGAAGCUGACACUUGCUUUUGGAAUAGGCAUGCACCAUGCAGGUCUGCAUGAAAGGGACAGGAAAACUGUGGAAGAAUUGUUUGUGAACUGCAAAAUCCAGGUUCUUAUUGCCACAAGCACAUUAGCUUGGGGUGUAAAUUUUCCAGCUCAUUUAGUAAUUGUUAAAGGAACAGAAUACUACGAUGGAAAAACAAGGCGUUACGUGGAUUAUCCCAUUACAGAUGUGCUUCAGAUGAUGGGCCGUGCUGGCAGACCACAGUUUGAUGACCAAGGAAAAGCUGUCAUUCUGGUUCAUGAUAUUAAGAAAGACUUCUACAAAAAAUUCCUUUAUGAACCUUUCCCAGUGGAAUCAAGCUUGUUAGAGGUGCUGGCUGACCACUUGAAUGCUGAAAUUGCUGCUGGGACUAUUACAUCUAAGCAGGAUGCAAUGGAUUACAUCACCUGGACUUACUUCUUCCGUCGACUUAUAAUGAACCCAACUUACUAUAACUUGGAUGAUGUGAGCCACGACACUAUGAAUAAGUACCUCUCAAGCCUUGUUGAGAAAUCCCUGUUUGAUUUGGAAGGCUCCUACUGCAUUGAAGUUGGGGAGGACAAUCGCAGCAUCGAGCCGCUGGUGUACGGCCGUAUUGCCUCCUAUUACUACUUGAAGCAUCCAACUAUUGGGAUGUUCAAGGACCAGUUGAAACCUGAAAGCAGUAUUGAAGAACUGCUCUUAAUUCUGACGAAUGCUGAUGAGUACACAGAUCUGCCUGUGAGACACAAUGAAGAUCAGAUGAACAGCGAACUGGCCAAACACCUUCCAAUUGAAGUCAAUCCCCAUUCAUUUGACAGUUCACACACAAAAACACACCUCUUGCUGCAAGCCCACUUCAGUCAUGCCAUGCUGCCUUGCCCAGAUUAUGCUACUGAUACAAAGACGGUGCUGGACCAAGCAAUCAGAAUAUGCCAGGCAAUGCUGGAUGUAGCAGCACAUCAUGGCUGGCUGGUGACUGCUCUGAACAUAACCAACCUGGUGCAGAUGGUGGUUCAGGGUAGAUGGAUACAUGACUCAUCCCUGCUUACUUUGCCAAAUGUAGAGCUCCAGCAUCUUUAUCUUUUUCGGAAAUGGAGCCAAGGCCAAAGGAAGAGUGUGCAUGGAGGUUACCAAGGACCUAUUGAGUGUCUUCCCGAACUAAUGGCUGCCUGCGAAGGAAAAGAGAAUGUUUUUGCUUCCAUUGUGGACAGUGAGUUGCCAGCAGCACACAUUUCACAGGCUUGGAAUUUUUUGUGCCGUUUGCCAAUUCUGAACGUCAGUAUGAGCAUUAAGGGCAGUUGGGAUGAUGCAGUUCAGUCUCAGAAUGAGGUACCUGUUCCUUCUUGGACAACAGACACACGAGAUGACAAGAGAUGGAUCAAACUGCAUGCUGAUCAAGAGUAUGUGCUCCAAAUAAACCUGCACAGAACCCAGAUGGGCUACCAGGGAAAGCAGGACAGUAAAGCAAUGGCUCCUCGAUUCCCCAAAGUUAAGGAUGAAGGAUGGUUUUUGAUAUUGGGAGAAGUUGAUAAAAAAGAACUCAUCGCCCUGAAAAGAACAGGAUAUGUCAGAAAUCGAAAUACUGUUUCCGUUGCUUUUUAUACUCCAGAAACUCCUGGAAAGUGUAUCUACACCCUGUAUCUCAUGAGCGACAGCUACCUUGGCAUGGACCAACAGUACGACAUUUACCUGAACAUUGUACCAGCACAAGGCACCACGGAGGGGACUGAGGCCAGGAGCCACCUGGCCCUGAAGUAAGGCUCUCUGCACAGUCCACUCAGCCAAAAGAACUGGUCCUGCAACUAAGACAUCUGGUCAUUCUGGGACAUCCAAAAAUGCAUCUGCCUUACUGGAACCAACCUCAAACCUCAAGACAACGGGGACACCGAAAGUGACUGCUGUAUUAACUCUGAUGACACCGAGUUAGCCACAGUGGCCUUACUCCUUUAUGAAGAUUUGUCUUUUCUUGUUUUAUCUUGCUUCUCUCAGAAGUCAGAUUGUUAGUUGAAUUUUAAAACAUCAAAAUAAAAGACUGAACAGUACUGUAAUUUGUGCAAAUUCAGGGCUAUCAUCUUCAUUUUGAAAAGUGUUAUAUAGCCUGUCUAUUAAUAGCAUUUAAAUAGUCAACUUUUUUAAUUUAUAGGGGAAAAUACAAAAUUUGAUCUAACAGCUGCUGAAAAUAUUGAUGGAUGUGUUAUAUUUCAUGUUUAAUAAAAAUAUUCCCAGAAUGUUUUGCACUGUAUUUGUAGGUGUAAAAUAUGGGAAGAUGUAGUUAAAAAAUCCUUUUCAUGCAUAGUACAUUUUGAAAAUGAUACUCUAAAGAAAA